AUGUCAACAAGCAGGGAACUCUUUGACUUGGUGAGAAACUCAAGGCUAGCUCAAGUAGCAAAGCCACACCUGAAGAGCAUUAGGGGUCAGUCAAGUAUACCCACCCACCAAACAAUUUUCACACCAUCCUCAAGUGCGUACAGAUCCAAUUAUGGUUUGAAAACAGCAUUGCCUUCUAAAAUUGGCAAAUCGCAUAUUUCGUUCAACGAUAUAGACAAUUAUAAAGGUAUGCCUGAUGUUGAGAAAAAUUCUGGCCAUCAUUAUACUCAAUUAAUGUUUCAGGAGUUGGGCAUGCCUUUGAAAAACCAUUUCAUAUCACAAAAUCCGUUAUUCCCGCAUCCUUCUAAUAGAAGUAACAAGUUACCAAGAGAAGGAAGCUUGACCAAUCUUUUGAAUUUGGAUACCAGAGCAAACACUGAAUGUGUUAUUGAAAUUCUCAACCAGAAUCCAAAAUUGUAUCAAAAUUUCCAAAACUAUAUUGCAAAAAACCACCCAAAAGUCUUACUUACAACUACUCCCCCUUCAGAGAUUAUAGCAUUGGUGAAGGACUUUUUGAAGAAUUCACAACAAGUUUUAAGGAAGGAAAACACAGUUCAUGAUAGAUCACGGGGUGACACUUACAACAUCCAAGGUACUGGUGGGUUUUCCUAUAAUCAAAGAGGCAGACUUCAAAAUACCCCCAAUGGUAUCAAGAAUAAUACGGUUACCACAGGAAGAAUUGUAGGUACUAAGGAAGCUGCAAUUGGUGGCUUUGUUGCAAAUGUAAUUGAUCGUUCAAUCGCUUUGCAAACUAACUACGCUAAGAAUUACCCAGGGAAACACCAUAGACAAUUUACGAUGCCUUUCAAAAUAAACGAAGCCGAAUUAUCUGAAGAUGGUUCCAUUAGAUUAUUCGCUGAAGGUAUCAAAACCGGUAAUUGGUCCGACGCAGACGAAAGGUAUCCUACAUCCGGCUCUUCUUUUGGCAGCUCAUCAGAGAGAGUCAAAGCUGACGACGAGAGUUUGGAAAGUUUGCUCAACUUGAUACUCCCUUCUAAGUGA